UGUCGUUCUGUUUGUUGUCGAAAUGCAUUUGGCAAAAAUUAAGUUCAGAAAGGUUUAGUUUUUGGUCAAUUAUGUCAUUGAUUGAGUGGAGUAUGAGUCACAAGGUAGCUAUAGUCAGACAAGAGGUAACUGUUAAUUAGCCAAUGGAGGAUUGAGAAAGUGCAAGAGGUAAAAGAAAAAAAGGCUCCAGUGACGUCGCCAUCAUCCUGACAGACAGGCAAGACUUUGGGAGGUGCCAAUUCACCAUUUAAAACUGCUAAAAAGCUUGGGGCCCUUAGGCCCAAACUAAUAAUAUAUUGCUGUAUCUAUCUAAUAUUGGGAAAUUAAAAAUGGAGGAACUUCAGAAAUUGGAAUCACUAUCUUUGGUAUCUAAAGUUUGUACCGAACUUGAAAAUCAUUUAGGGAUGAAUGACAAAACAUUGGCUGAAUUUGUCAUAAUGUUGGCUGGAAAAAGUAAGACUGUUGAGAAAUUUCAGAAACUAUUGGAUAAAAAUGGUGCAGAAUUUCCAGACUCCCUCACCACUAAUAUUUACAGAUUAAUAAAGACAAUGGCUUCAGCCACCACUGAAGUAAAAGUAAAGAAAAAGAAAAAACACAUAAUAUCUGAUGACGCUAAAGAAAAAAGAAGAAAAAAAUACCCAGGAUUGAGUAUUCCUGAUGAACCACAGAUGAAAAUUGAAGAAGUAUAUACCACUACUUUUUGCAAGUUAGCUCAGUUAGCUGAUGAAGAUGAGAAAGUCGCAGCAUCAGCACUUAGUGAGCUUGAAGCUUUGCUACCAAAAGCUAUCAUGAGUAAGGAGGAAGAGUCAGAAUUUGGCGAUGUUAAAAGUGAAAUAUCUAGCUUACGAAAAGAAGGAAGACGAAGGUCAAGGUCAUCUUCAGAAGAGAGAUAUCGAAAGAGAGACAGACACAAUGACAGAGAUCGUAACAGAGAUCGUGACAGAGAUAGAAACAGCAGGAGAAGGGAUAACCGGGAUAAGGAUUCACGACGUGGCAGACAUAGAUCCAGAUCUAGAUCUCAUAGUCCCAAUCGAUAUGAACGCAACCAUAGAAAACGAGAUACAGUUGAUCGACCGCCUGAAGCAGCUGAAAUAGGCAAGAUUUAUGAUGGUAAAGUCACAAACAUAAUGAACUUUGGAUGCUUUGUUCAAUUGUUUGGUAUUCGUGAAAGACAGGAAGGUCUAGUUCAUAUUUCACAAUUACGACGUGAAGGCAGAGUGAAUGACGUAAAUGAUGUUGUUGCAAAAGGACAGAACGUUAAAGUUAAAGUCCUCUCAAUGGUUGGCAAGAAAAUAAGUCUAUCAAUGAAGGCUGUGGAUCAAAGUACUGGUGAAGAUUUGAAUCCUGGUGAAGGUGUGCGUCUCCCAAGAUCUGAUAAUGAUGUCAUGGGUGAACUCAGAAAUCCUGACAGACCUUCAACAGCCACUGCUAUUCCAACUUAUGAAGAAGGAAUGGAGGAUAACACGAAAAAGAAGUUUAAACGAAUAUCCUCUCCUGAAAAAUGGGAGAUAAAACAAUUGAUAUCAGCCGGAGUAUUGGAUAAAGCUGAUUAUCCAGAUUUUGAUGAGGAAACUGGUAUAUUACCUAAAGAAGAUGACUCAGAUGACGAAGUUGAAAUCGAACUUAGAGAAGAAGAGCCGCCAUUUUUACAGGGACAAACAAAACUUACAAUUAAUGUUAGUCCAGUAAAAAUAGUGAAGAAUCCUGAUGGUACGUUGCCUCGUGCAGCUAUGAUGCAGUCUGCUCUCUCAAAAGAAAGAAGGGAGAUUAAACAGCAGCUAAGGGAAGCACAAGCUGAUACUAUACCAAAGGAUAUCAACAAAAUGUGGAUUGAUCCUGUCCCUGAAGUAAUGGAAGGAGACCAAAAGCCCUACUUUGCACAAGAUAUGAAAGGAGCAGCUAUGCAAAGUCAAGACAUGCCGGAAUGGAAGAAGGCGACAUUCGGAGGUAAAGGUGGUUCGUAUGGAAAGAAAACAAACCUGAGUAUUUUGGAACAACGACAUGGUUUACCUAUAUUUAAACUCAGAAACGAACUUGUAAAAGCUGUUCACGACAAUCAAGUCCUUAUUGUAAUCGGGGAAACAGGUUCGGGUAAAACCACGCAAAUUACGCAGUAUCUAGCCGAGGAAGGUUUCACUACUGUUGGUAAAAUCGGAUGCACCCAACCACGUCGUGUCGCCGCGAUGUCGGUAGCAAAACGUGUGUCGGAAGAGUUUGGUUGUCGGCUGGGUCAAGAAGUCGGCUAUACGAUUCGUUUCGAGGACUGCACUACUCCGGAAACAAAGAUCAAAUACAUGACAGACGGUAUGCUGUUAAGGGAAUGCUUGAUCGACCCUUCUAUGUCGCAGUAUUCUCUUAUCAUGUUAGAUGAAGCCCAUGAAAGGACGAUACACACCGAUGUUUUGUUUGGACUCAUGAAAAAAGCUGUAAAGCAGCGCGAGGACUUAAAAUUAAUCGUCACCUCAGCGACUUUAGACGCUGUGAAGUUUUCAACGUAUUUCUUUGAAGCUCCUAUAUUUACUAUACCUGGUCGCACUUUCCCAGUUGAAAUUUUAUAUACAAAGGAAGCUGAGGCGGAUUAUCUGGACGCAGCUUUAAUAACAGUCAUGCAGAUUCAUUUGACGGAACCCCCUGGUGACAUUCUCGUCUUUUUGACAGGUCAGGAAGAGAUUGACACGUCUUGUGAGAUUUUAUACGAACGAAUGAAAUCGUUAGGACCAGAUGUCCCUGAUUUAAUUAUUCUUCCAGUUUACAGUGCUUUGCCCAGUGAUAUGCAGACGAGGAUAUUCGAUCCCGCCCCACCUGGAAGCAGAAAGGUUGUUAUAGCAACGAAUAUCGCUGAAACCUCGUUGACGAUCGAUGGAAUUUUUUAUGUUGUUGACCCCGGAUUUGUUAAACAAAAUGUGUAUAAUUCGAAAACAGGAAUCGAUCAACUCGUUGUAACGCCGAUCUCACAGGCACAAGCGAAACAAAGAUCUGGACGUGCAGGUCGGACAGGACCUGGAAAAUGCUACAGGUACGACCAAUACCUUUUUUUUAUGAUGAGUUGUGUUGCGCGUACUAAGAAUGAACUCGUGACCAACAAUUAUAUCUAUAGGUUAUACACUGAAAGAGCGUAUCGUGACGAAAUGUUGUCGACGAAUGUUCCAGAGAUACAGAGAACAAAUCUAGCAGCCACUAUACUAACAUUAAAAGCCAUGGGUAUCAAUGAUUUGAUAUCAUUUGAUUUCAUGGACCCGCCCCCGAUGGAGACGAUGACAACUGCUUUGGAAUCACUUCAUUCACUUAGCGCGUUAGAUGACGAAGGUUUACUGACGAGACUUGGAAGAAGAAUGGCGGAGUUUCCUCUCCCUCCUCCGUUGUCGAAAAUGUUAAUUCAAUCAGUGCAUUUAGCUUGUAGUGAUGAAGUUUUAACAGUAGUGUCUAUGCUGUCUGUACAAAAUGUAUUUUAUAGACCUAAGGAGAAACAGGCAUUGGCCGAUCAGAAAAAAGCCAAAUUUCAUCAAGUGGAAGGAGACCAUAUUACGCUACUGGCUGUGUAUAAUGCUUGGAAAAAUAGCAAGUUCUCCAACGCAUGGUGUUUUGAGAACUUCAUUCAAGCAAGGUCACUUAAACGUUCGCAAGAUAUUCGCAAACAAUUGCUUGGGAUCAUGGACAGGCAUAAACUAGACGUAGUGUCGUGCGGUAAAAACACGAUCCGAGCUCAGAAAGCUAUUGUGAGUGGUUACUUCCGAAAUGCUGCUAAAAAGGAUCCACAAGAAGGGUACAAAACUCAAGUGGAUAACCAAGCUGUUUAUAUUCAUCCAUCAAGUUCUCUUUUUAAUAGACAACCUGAAUGGGUGGUGUAUCACGAGCUUGUACUUACAACAAAAGAAUAUAUGCGAGAAGUAACAGCACUGGAUCCAAAAUGGUUGGUAGAAUUUGCCCCGGCCUUUUAUAAGUACGCUGAUAAAAAUAAACUGAGCAAGCGAAAGCGGGAACAAAGAAUCGAGCCGUUGUUUAACAGAUAUGAGGAACCGAAUUCCUGGCGCAUAUCACGAGCUUACCGCAGAAGAUAGUUGACGAUCUUUAAUGAAAAGAACAGUAACACAAUCUUCUAUUGUUGUAACUAUGGAAUUUUAUAAAAAAAUGAUAUGAAACUAAAA